UAGUGGUGUUGUGAUGUAUGACUAUGGGUGAGAGCAGUAACGCUAAGCUGCCCCUGGAUCGUGUGUCUCUGUGCGGUGUUACUAGCUUGUGCGAUGUGCUCCCUCAACUCUCAUUCCCCUCCCCUAUACCCAGCACCCAGGAGAAGAGCCUUCUCUUCAGCUCGACGGUUUCAGAGAAAUCCCAGCAUCUGACCAGCAAAUUCUCCGAUCUUCUUCUUAAUCACGUGACAGAAGCUAUUGACAGUGUCAGCACUCAACACAUAGAACUCAAAAAUGAAAGAGAAAAAAUGGACUACUCGGAGUCCUACUCUAGCAUUGUCCAAUCUAUCUUGAAGAGAACACCUCAAGUCUUCAAUAACAUAGCCGGUGUUGCCAGAAACAAGAAAAAGGUAGAUUCAUCAUCCAAUGGAGAUAAAGCACAGGAGCAGACCACUCCCUCAAAAACCUCCUUCAUGAUGGAAGACCUGCUCGAUAAAAAGAAAAGUUCGAGGAGGCCUGAGGAGAACACUACUCCCAAAAAGUCUAGAAAGCAGCUUGAAACUGAAGAGCUUGAUUUUCUCCUCGCCCAAUCUCUGUCAGGAGGUGGUAUCGGCGAAUCUGUGCGUGGCAGGAGGAAUCGUGGAGCCAGAGGAUCCGAUGACCAGUUUUCACCCGAGAAACAAACCACUGAUCCAAAGAUCAAACCUCGAAAUAUGAAACGAAGUACUGCUCAACCUGCCAAGUUCAACCUCAAGAAACACCAAAAGAAGAAGACGUUUGCUCUAGAAAGUUCCGACGAGGACGAUACCCCAGCUUUGGAUAUCAACCCGGAGGAUUUGAGACCUGAAAAUAUUGCUGAACCUGCUCCGGAGCCUGAAGAUUUAGUUGCCGCUGAUGAUGAGACCGCUGAUCAAGAUGAGGAUGGAGAUGAAGAUAAAAUAACCUCGCACGUAUUUGAAGAUAAGGAACUACUUAUAGAGAAGGACGAAACAAAAGAAGACGGAAAAGAAGACGGAAAUGAAGACGAGGGCGUGGAACUGGAAGAGGAUAUGGACGUACAGCAAGAAGACGUUGAACAAGACGAAGAUAUCGACGAAGAUUUAUAUUCGAAUGAAGAGGAUGAGGAUGAUGAGUACGUACCCAAAACGAAUCGUCCGAAAAAGAUCAAUCUUCUAAAGAAAGAAAAUGGAAAGACAAAGUCUCUUCGUGACAUCAAAGUGGAAAGAAGUGAGAAGCUGAAGAAGGAAGCUAAGCAAGCAAAACAGCAGCUUAUCAACGAGGACGAUAUGUCUGAUCCCUUGCAGUCUGCCAGCUUCAAGAGAUUCUCUAAACUUCUCGACAUCAUAUUCGAACACGAGGAUGAGAUGGUUCCUGAAAAUUUCAAACUUAGUGCCGUAGAAGAUGAUGACUUUGAGCCAGCCCCCGAAACCUUACUCUCCCUCCGAAAGUUGGAGCUGCUGAGCGCGGAGGCAGCUAAGUUGAAGCAGAUGAAAGUGCUGAACUGUAUUCCUCAAGAUAGACUCGUGAGACUUCUGAACAUUCUGGACAGACACAUCAGAGACAGCGUCAGACUUCCUCUUAAUCCUGAACCGGAAACUCUAGAGGAGGAAUUGUAUACUUAUCAGAAGAAAGCCCUGUGCAGAAUGCAAGUUUCUGCUGAAGCGGCUAUCGCUUCUUUUCAAAUCCUGACUUCUCCUGAUAUGCCCAAAGCAGUGUACCUGGAGGAUGUUAUUGAGAGGACUGUUUUGUUUAUCAAGUUUCAUCUCAUUGACGGUGUGUACCCUGCCUACGAUCCUGUCUACGCUGAUCCGAAGGGAAAAGAUGACGGACAGUCAGUGAAAAGUAAACGUAAGAAGAGUAUUAUGCCGACUAACAAACUUCUCGUAUCGGUCUAUAACCGGAUAGUGGAACUAAUGGAGCUGUUCCCGCCCUUACUUUCUCUGCAGACUCUCCCUGAUACCCUGGUCCUUCAGAUAUCGACCCUGUCCGUAUCUCCGUUCUUUGUAGAGAAUGUAGGUACCCUGCAACUCGCUGCUUUGUCUGUCUGUAGAGGAAUCUUUUGUCUGUACGAGAAACACAGACAGAUUAUUCUAGACGAUAUUUUCUCUUCUCUCGCAAGGUUACCCUCGUCUAAACGUAACUUCCGAAGUUACACCCUGUCCAACGGAGAUAGUAUACAGAUGGUAACAGCACUAGUCCUACAGCUCAUACAGUGUAUCAUCAAAGUGCCAGAAGUGGAGGAAAAGAAGGAAAAGUCGAAAGAGAGAGGGGUCGCAGAAGAUAGGGACCAGGACGAAGAAUCCCCUAGACGAAGUAAGAAGAAAAAAGGGAAGAAAGGAAGAAGGAAAAGGAGCUCGGAAGACGAGCACCCCGCUACACCGCCUCCCGUGCCUGAAGAAAAGCCGGAAGUUCAGGGGGUGGUUCUAGCGAACGGUGAAGUGAGUGGAGCUCCCAAAGAGUACUACGCUCCGGACGCAGAUGUGUUGAUCGUGUCCUCUUACGAGCAAGCCCUGCUCACUGCUCAUCACUUCUUGUCCGCUUUUCUCCGGAAAUGUUCCGCCAAAGAACAGGAAGAUUAUCGGCCCUUAUUCGAGAACUUUAUUGAGGACCUGCUGACGUGUUUAAACUUACCAGAAUGGCCGAGCGCUGAGAACGUUCUCAACCUCCUUGGACGACUCUUGGUGGCUACAUUUUCCAGCAAACAUUCUGACUUUGCCAUGAGAACUGUAACGAUUGAGUACCUUGGUAACAUAGCCGCCCAUCUCAGGCGGGACGCCGUUAAGAGCCGUUCUGACUCCGCCAAACUACAGCAGAUUAUGAUUGAAAAAUGGGCCCACGAACACAGCGAACUCGAAGAAGCAUGUCCACUUUUCAAAAAGAUAAAACCUUCAUCUGAGGUCGAUCUUGAAGAGGACGAUAAUAUCAGGAACAACGUGCUACAAGAACACAUCAAAGAUCUCCAACUCAUUUUGCUCGCAUUUCUUGUGGAGCACAGUGAAGUGAAUCCCGAGUUAGUGCACGCCAGACGUUUCUACCUAGGUCAGUGGAUUAGGGAUGCCCAGAUCACGUGCGAACAGCUUGUUAAGAACCCUCCUAAACCGCCAGCCACAAAGGAGGACAAGGCAGAAGAGAAAUCAGAGGAGGAAAUCAAGGCUGAUCACGAGGAAAAGAUUAGGAACCAAAUGUCUGAUUUAGAAACUACGAAAGAGAGUUUAAAGAUUCUCCUUCAGAAAGACAUUAUCAAACCAUCAACUUUGAAAUCUCAGCGUUGGUCAGUAAGUGGAUCUAACGCAGAGAGAAUCGCUAAGUUCCUAGCUUCCUCCCGUUCACUUAGCAUUAACUUUGACAUCUACCUCAACAAAAUACUAAUGGAGCUCCAGGAAAGCGCGAUUGGUCUCCGUACCAAGGCUAUGAAAGCUCUAGCAGCUAUCAUAUCUGCUGAUCCUAACCUUUUACAUCGGAACGAACUGCGUCUAGGCGUCCACGGCCGGUUCAUGGACCAGGCUGCCUCGGUGCGUGAAGCUGCGGUAGAUCUGGUGGGACGCUUCGUUCUGGACAAACCUCAGCUUACUCUCCAAUAUUAUCCCAUGUUGAGCGAGAGAAUCCUGGAUAAGGGUAUUGGUGUUCGGAAGAGGGUGAUCAAGAUACUCCGCGAUAUCUGCGUACAACAGCCCAGCUUCCCUAAGUUAACUGAGAUAUGUAUCAAACUCAUCAGACGGAUAAACGACGAGGACGGUAUCAGAGAGCUGAUAGCUAAAGUGUUCCUCGACCUCUGGUUUACGGAGGGGAAGGAUGAAACACCGGACGGGUUGAUAAAACGUGUUGUCUCCAUCACAGAAGCUGUGGCUGAGUCACCUGAUCAGAACUGUGAUUGGUUUAAACUGCUGCUCAAUCAGUACCUGAAGCCUGGUGACGAGAAUACAACUGAAAAAGACGAAGAUCAGCGAGUCCGAAUCAAAACUCAAAGCAAGAAAAUGGUGGACAGUCUCGUGGACAGCGUACUAAAGUUGGAGAACUUCAGCGCUUCAAGUGCAUCCAACUCAUCCCGUCUCGUCUCCUGUCUUCACACCAUAUACUUGUUUGCAGAAGCUGUACCUAACCUGGUGGCGAGGCACUGUACCACUUUACAUCCCUAUCUCAAUAUGAAGUGUUCCCAACAGUUGGAUUACUUGGUUCUUUAUCAUGUUACUCAGACGUUAGAGAUCGUGCUUCCUCUGAUGGAACACCCCUCUGAAGAGUUCCUAGCUUCAGUAGAGGAGGACCUCAUUACACUUAUCAUGAAGUGUGGACAACUCAUUGUUCAGGCGUGUGUAAGCUGUUUGGGAAUCCUGAUAAACACCAUGACACACAACUACAAGCUAGCACAGGACUGCUUUAAGAAGUUCUUCAUCUGUUUAGCCCAGUACAAGAAACAAUUCAUUGAGAAUCCAGAGGACCCAAGUUUGGAAAGUCAGAAAGGAGUUGUCAUCAGGUCCCUCUUUACUGUGGGACUCCUCUGUCAACAUUUCGAGUUCGAUCAAGGGAAGCAGACACACGCCAAGUCAGCAGCUAGUAUCCAGAACCAAGUGUAUGAUAUUCUCAUGUUCUUCUCUGGUUCUACCGACGAGGAAAUCAGACAUCGUGCCAUCUCCGGUCUUGGUUUCUUUUUUAUUCGCUACGAGAGAAUGAUGCUACGAGAGGCAUCUCGAACUGUCUACAUUGAUAUUCUCAAAGGAUUUGAUUCUCCUGUGAAAUUAAAAUGUCAAGUUUUGAAGAACCUCCAACUUCAUUUACUGUCAGACGAGAAAAGACUCACAAGUCAGAAUCAGCAAAUGAGAAAGGAUUUAAAACGAGAGGGGAUAACUGAUCUUAAAACUUACGGCGACGAAAAGUCGUCAGUGUCAGGUGCUGUCGCGCAAAUGUUGCUCGAUCCCAUCCAUCAUUGUUUCUUCCACAAACUCACCCAAGUUCGUUCCGCCGCGGUGCAGGUUAUUUGCCUCGUUUUGCACCAAGGUCUCCUCCACCCUAUAUCCUGUAUCCAAUACCUAAUCGCCAUUUGCUCGGACAUUGACGAAGUUAGCCGUAUCAAAGCUGAACAAACUCUAAUCGAACUGGACAGCAAAUAUCCCCUAUUCCUUCACAGUCAGUUUUUCCCGGGCCUCCGCGAGAGUUUCAAGUUGCAAACAGCACUGUUCAGCACAUAUCCCGUGAGAGGAUUCCGAAACAAUCCGCCCAUAUCCCUGCUCUCCCACGUGUACGCGCUGAUCAGGAGCUCUAAGGGUCACAGACAUUCUCAGCUCAAAACCAUGAUCAAACAGUUCGACGAGAUCAAGAGAACAGACAUCAACCUGUUGUUGUAUAUCGCAGACAACCUGGCUCACAUGUCAUAUCAGAUAAUUGAGGAACCACUGUUUGUGAUCCAUCACGUGGCUCUGUUGAUAUCCACAUCCGGAACCACGUACUUGGAACAGGCUAAAGAUGCUGUGUACGGUAGGGACAUCGCGGAGACUAUCAAGGACGAGGACGAGGAGGAAAUCGAUGAGAUUGAUCAAGUAGAAGAUUUACCGAGACUGACCGAGGUCCUGGUAUCAUGUCAAUCUUGUACGCUCCUAAUUCUACUCAAGAAGCACCUCAUGACUCAAUACAACCUCACAGACAAGAGAUGCCACGAGUUCUCUCCGCUGGAGUCUACGAAAAUCUACGACAAGCAGAUAACGCGGCAUUCCAACGCAGCCUACGACCCAUCUCCAGUGCUGAGUGCUAUUCAGCAGCUCACCCUGGAUGUGGAUUUUGAGAGUGAGGAAUUUGAGAAGAGCGCUCUACAGUACUACAAAGAGUUCCGUGAUCUGAUGACACAGCAGGACUUGUCUGAGUUUAAAGGUAGUGAUAGUGAAGGUGAUGGUGCUGGUGCUGAUAAGUCUCUCAAAUAUUAUGAAAGACGGAAGGAGCUCCCCGUCAAAGUCCGAAAAGAACGAAAACCCCGCGCUUCAAAAACCCCCAAAAAGGAUCCCAAGAAACGGAAACUUUCAAAAACUCCCGCCAAAAAAUCAGCUAAGAAACGACGACGAUACGUUAUAAACUCAGAUUCAGAGUUCAGCGAGCAAGACAAUGAGAGCGAUGCGGAUUACAACGGUACGUGACGUCACCACUCAGACCAGUGACGUCAUACGACUGUCAUGUGACGUCAUACGACUGUCACGUGACGUCAUGAUGAAGAUCCGAACAAGUUCAUAUAAUGUCGUGGUUAAUGGUUAUGCCAGUGAACUACAUGUAACAGAUUCAUUAUUAUUUUCCGUACAUCCAGUAUCAAUUUGAUGAUCGAAGUUUUGUGUACUGUAAUAAUUUCGAAUGGCCUCCCUGAGUGUGUUGUGUUUUAAGUUAUUUAAUUUCAAGGCUUUUUUUGAACAGUUAUUAUAUUAUAGUCAUUAAUAAGUGUUAUUAUGCAAGUUAAAUGUUCGUAAACUUAUUUAUACAUCACGAAUCUUUAUACAGCGCAUUUUACCUGCAAUCAGUUGAAUCUUGGUCAUACAAUUAUUUGAUAUGUAGCACAAAUUUCGAGUUGCUUUUGUGGUCUCCUUGUACAAGGCUUCAUAAUGCGAAUGAACAUUCAUUUUCUGAGUUCAUUUUAGAGGACUAGAUUAAGUUUUAUACAUAUUCAUUUCACAAAAAUGGUUUUGCUUGUAAUUUUUAAACAAUCAGCACUGGCUCGAAAUGCCAGGACAUGUUCUGUUAAAAAAGAUAGUAUGUUGCCGGCGAAAAAUUGCUUGAUUUUCGUCUUGAAUUUCAAAUUGAACUGUUGUAUAUUUUAAAUAUAAUCUUAAAUCCUGUAAAGUAUUAAUUUGAUAAACACUGUUAUUUAA